AUGAAAGUCUACCCGGUAAAAGGCUGCGGCCCGCUCUGUGUGCGCCGCUGGCCGCUGGAGGGCGGGGGCUUCUUCCUGGACCGCCGGUGGUGCCUCGUGCUGGAGAAGCGGAGCAGGCCGGUGAGCGCCAAGCAGGCGCCACGCCUCACCACUGUGAAGAUGGCCCUGCGUCGGAGACACGGGCUCUUCGUGUUGGUGCUGUCCACCAAGUUUCAUCCGGAGACUUUGGAGCUGGCAUUAACGCUCGAGGACUCCCAGGUGCUCCAGUCCUGCCUUGACCCCACCGACUUCCCACAAGAAGACGCGGUGAAGGUGCCGGAGGGUAAGGAACCCAGCGCGUGGUUUGAGGAGAGCUGGCUCUCGCGCCUGCUUUCGCGAAA